AUGAUUGGACGAAGUCGCUGGGUUGAGUUAAACAAUAAUUACAAAUGGGAUUACGACGCGACACAUAUAACAUCCGAGUGGUAUGGUUGGAUGCACUACAAAACAGACAAACUGCCUUGUGAAGAUAGUGCUAAGUGCCAAUUGAAUUGCUCCAGUACGGCCCAUGCCUGGCUGCAACCAUUUGCUGAGAAUCUGACCGGGACUGAGGAAGCAUAUUACCCUUACAAUACUACCAGGGCUCGUAUCAACGUGUGGGACGGAUCUUCAUUAUGCAAUCGUGCGCGGUAA